CAGAGACUGGGGAGAAGGGAGGAAGCGGAACCAGCAGCACGCAGCUGGGCUCACUGUAGGGAGUGACGUGAAAACUACGUUUCCCAGAAGCCUACGCGGCUCAGACAGGGUGACACCGGAAAUUGAAUCGCACGCUGGGUCAGAGGUCACCCGCGAACUCCCGAGUGCCCGAGAGUUUAGCUUCCGGUGCCUGGAGUCGCGGGCGCUGUUUCGCUCCAGUGCUUCCGCUCACGCAGGACUCUAUUUCCCAGCGUCCCGCCGCGGCAGUCUCCGGCGGGCAGGUGCGCGGGAGCCGCCGAGCGAGGGUGCGGAGACGGGGUCUCCUGCAUCCUGUUCCUCGCCGUUUCCCUUCGCUUCUCCUCCGACGGCCGCGGCCCAGGGCCCUGCAGACAUGGCGGCAGUGCUGCAGCAAGUGUUGGAACGUCCGGAGCUGAACAAGCUGCCCAAGUCGGUCCAGAACAAACUUGAGAAGUUCCUUGCUGAUCAACAGUCGGAGAUCGAUGGCCUGAAGGGAAGGCACGAGAAAUUUAAGGUGGAGAGCGAGCAACAGUACUUUGAGAUAGAGAAGAGGUUAUCCCACAGUCAGGAGAGACUUGUGAAUGAAACUCGUGAGUGUCAAAGCUUGCGGCUUGAGCUUGAGAAACUAAACAAUCAGCAGAAGAUAUUAACUGAAAAAAACAAAGAACUUGAAAUUGCUCAAGAUCGUAAUAUUUGCAUUCAGAGCCAGUUUACAAGAACAAAGGAAGAAUUAGAAGCUGAAAAACGAGACUUAAUUAGAACCAAUGAGAGGCUAGCUCAGGAAGUGGAAUAUUUAACAGAGGAUGUUAAGCGUCUAAAUGAAAAGCUUAAAGAAAGCAAUACAACAAAGGGCGAACUUCAGUUAAAACUAGAUGAACUUCAGGCUUCUGAUGUUUCUGUUAAGUAUAGAGAAAAACGAUUAGAGCAAGAAAAGGAAUUGCUACAUAAUCAGAAUACAUGGCUGAACACAGAGUUGAAGACCAAAACUGACGAGCUGCUGGCUCUCGGAAGAGAAAAAGGAAAUGAGAUUCUAGAACUUAAAUGUAAUCUUGAAAACAAAAAGGAAGAGGUUUCUAGACUAGAAGAACAGAUGAAUGGCUUAAAAACAUCAAACGAGCAUCUUCAAAAGCAUGUAGAAGAUCUGUUGACCAAAUUAAAAGAGGCCAAAGAACAACAAGCAAGCAUGGAAGAGAAAUUCCAUAAUGAAUUAAAUGCGCAUAUCAAACUCUCCAAUCUGUACAAGAGUGCUGCUGAGGACUCAGAGGCUAAGAGCAGUGAGCUCACCCGGGCAGUGGAUGAGCUGCACAAGCUCCUGAAAGAAGCUGGGGAAGCUAACAAAACAAUGCAAGAUCAUCUUCUACAGCUGGAGGACUCUAAAGAUCAAAUGGAAAAAGAAAUGCUUGAGAAAGUAGGGAAACUGGAAAAGGAAUUGGAGAAUGCUAAUGAUCUGCUUUCAGCCACAAAACGCAAAGGAGCUAUACUAUCUGAAGAGGAACUUGCAGCCAUGUCUCCCACUGCAGCAGCUGUAGCUAAGAUAGUGAAACCUGGCAUGAAAUUAACUGAGCUAUAUAAUGCUUAUGUGGAAGCUCAGGACCAGCUGCUUUUGGAGAAACUAGAAAACAAAAGAAUUAAUAAAUACCUAGAUGAGAUAGUGAAAGAAGUUGAAGCCAAAGCACCGAUUCUGAAGCGCCAGCGUGAGGAGUAUGAGCGUGCACAGAAAGCUGUGGCAAGCCUAUCUGUCAAGCUUGAACAAGCUAUGAAGGAGAUACAGCGAUUACAGGAAGAUACUGAUAAAGCCAAUAAACAUUCCUGUGUACUUGAGAGAGACAAUCAGAGAAUGGAAGUACAAAUAAAAGACCUUUCACAACAGAUCAGAGUGCUUUUAAUGGAACUUGAAGAAGCAAGGGGAAACCACGUAAUUCGUGAUGAGGAAGUCAGCUCUGCAGACAUCAGUAGUUCCUCUGAAGUAAUAUCACAGCAUCUAGUGUCUUACAGAAAUAUUGAAGAGCUUCAACAGCAGAAUCAGCGUCUGUUAUUUGCUCUUAGAGAACUUGGGGAAACCCGGGAAAGGGAAGAACAGGAAACAACUUCAUCUAAAAUUGCUGAGCUUCAGCACCAACUCCAGAGCUCCCUCACUGAGCUAGAACAGCUCCGUGAGGCACGACAGCAUCAGAUGCAGCUUGUUGACUCCAUUGUACGUCAGCGUGACAUGUACCGUAUUUUACUGUCACAAACAACAGGAGUGACCAUUCCAUUACAAGCUUCAAGCUUAGAUGAUCUCUCUCUCAUCUCAACUCCAAAACGUUCAAGUACAGCACAGACUGCUUCCACUCCUGCUCCAGUACCUGUCAUUGAAUCAACUGAAGCUAUUGAAGCAAGAGCUGCUCUUAAACAGUUGCAGGAAAUUUUUGAAAAUUACAAAAAAGAAAAGAUAGACAGUGAAAAAAUUCAAACUGAGCAACUUGAGAAGCUUCAGGAGCAAGUCACAGAUUUGCGUUCACAAAACACCAAAGUUUCCACUCAACUUGAUUUUGCUUCUAAACGCUAUGAAAUGCUGCAAGAUAAUGUUGAAGGAUAUCGCCGAGAAAUAACAUCCCUGCAAGAGAGGAAUCAGAAACUUACUGCAACAACUCAAAAGCAGGAGCAAAUCAUCAAUACCAUGACUCAAGACUUGCGAGGAGCAAAUGAGAAGUUGGCUGUUGCCGAGGUGAGAGCAGACAAUUUGAAGAAAGAAAAAGAAAUGCUGAAAUUGUCAGAAGUCCGUCUUUCUCAGCAGAGGGAAUCUCUGUUAGCUGAACAAAGGGGGCAAAACUUGCUGCUCACUAAUCUGCAAACAAUCCAGGGAAUACUAGAGCGAUCUGAAACAGAGACCAAACAAAGGCUCAGUAACCAGAUAGAAAAGCUGGAACACGAGAUCUCUCACCUAAAGAAGAAGUUGGAAAAUGAAGUGGAGCAGAGGCACUCGCUUACUAGGAAUCUAGAUGUUCAACUUUUAGAUACAAAGCGGCAGCUAGAUACAGAAAUAAAUCUUCAUCUUAACACAAAAGAACUACUGAAAAAUGCUCAGAAGGAAGUUGCUACAUUGAAAGUGCACCUGAGUACUAUGGAAGUCCAGCUUGCUUCUCAGUCUGCACAGAGGACUGGUAAAGGUCAGUCCAGUGACAAAGAAGAUGUUGAUGAUCUCUUGAGUCAGUUGAGACAGGCUGAGGAACAGGUAAAUGACUUGAAGGAAAGACUCAGAACAAGUGCUAGUAAUGUGGAGCAGUAUCGAGCAAUGGUUACUAGUUUAGAAGACUCCUUGAACAAGGAAAAACAGGUGACAGAAGAAGUACGGAAGAACAUUGAAGUUCGUUUAAAAGAAUCGGCAGAAUUUCAGACACAGUUGGAAAAGAAGUUGAUGGAAGUAGAAAAGGAAAAACAAGAACUUCAGGAUGAUAAGAGAAAAGCUAUUGAGAGUAUGGAACAACAAUUAUCUGAACUGAAGAAAACUCUCUCUAGUGUGCAGAGUGAAGUACAAGAAGCUCUUCAGCGAGCAAGCUCAGCUCUAAGUAAUGAACAGCAAGCCAGACGUGACUGUCAGGAACAGGCUAAAAUAGCUGUGGAAGCUCAGAAUAAGUAUGAGCGAGAAUUGAUGCUGCACGCUGCAGAUGUGGAGGCUCUCCAGGCUGCAAAAGAACAGGUUUCAAAAAUGGCUUCAAUUCGCCAGCAUUUGGAAGAAACAGCGCAGAAAGCAGAAUCACAGUUGUUGGAGAGUAAAGCAUCUUGGGAAGAAAGAGAGAGAAUGUUAAAGGAUGAAGUUUCUAAGAGUAUGUCUCGCUGUGAAGAUCUAGAGAAACAAAAUGGACUGCUUCAUGAUCAGAUAGAAAAAUUAAGUGACAAGGUGGUUGCCUCUAUAAAGGAAGGCACACAGGGUGCAUUGAAUGUAUCUCUCAGUGAGGAGGGAAAAUCUCAAGAACAAAUCUUGGAAAUUCUCAGAUUUAUACGGCGAGAAAAAGAAAUUGCUGAAACUAGAUUUGAGGUGGCUCAGGUUGAGAGUCUGCGUUAUCGACAAAGGGUUGAACUUUUAGAAAGAGAGCUACAGGAACUGCAGGAUAGCCUGAAUGCUGAAAGGGAGAAGGUUCAGGUAACUGCAAAAACAAUAGCUCAACACGAAGAACUGAUGAAGAAAACUGAAACUAUGAAUGUGGUUAUGGAGACCAAUAAGAUGCUAAGAGAAGAAAAGGAGAGGCUCGAACAGGAUCUACAACAAAUGCAAGCAAAGGUGAGGAAACUGGAGUUAGAUAUUUUGCCUUUACAAGAAGCAAAUGCUGAGCUAAGUGAGAAAAGUGGUAUGCUGCAGGCAGAGAAGAAAUUGUUAGAAGAGGAUGUCAAACGUUGGAAAGCACGAAACCAGCAUCUAGUAAGUCAACAGAAAGAUCCAGAUACAGAGGAAUAUCGGAAGCUCCUUUCUGAAAAGGAAAUUCACACUAAACGGAUUCAACAGCUCACUGAAGAAAUUGGGAGACUUAAAGCUGAAAUUGCAAGAUCAAAUGCAUCUUUGACUAACAGCCAGAAUUUAAUCCAAAGUCUGAAAGAAGAUUUAAGUAAAGUAAAAACUGAAAAGGAAAACAUUCAGAAGGAUUUAGAUGCCAAAAUAAUUGAUAUACAAGAGAAAGUUAAAACUAUCACUCAAGUCAAGAAAAUUGGGCGAAGAUACAAAACCCAGUAUGAAGAACUUAAAGCACAGCAGGAUAAGGUUAUGGAAACUUCUGCUCAGUCUUCUGGAGACCAUCAGGAACCACAUGUCUCCAUUCAGGAAAUGCAGGAGCUCAAGGAUGCCCUCAGUCAAGCUGAAACGAAGGCAAAGUCACUUGACAGUCAAGUUGAGAAUCUGCAGAAGACAUUAUCUGAAAAAGAGUCAGAAGGUAGAAAUCUCCAGGAACAGACUAUGCAGCUUCAGUCUGAACUUACGCGACUUCGUCAGGAUCUUCAAGAUAGAACCACACAGGAGGAGCAGCUCCGACAGCAAAUAACUGAAAAGGAAGAAAAGACAAGAAAGGCUAUUGUAGCAGCAAAAUCAAAAAUUGCACAUCUAGCUGGUGUAAAAGAUCAAUUAACUAAAGAAAAUGAGGAACUUAAGCAAAGGAAUGGAGCUUUAGAUCAACAGAAAGACGAACUAGAUGUUCGCAUGACAGCUCUUAAGUCUCAGUAUGAAGGUCGAAUUAGUCGUUUGGAGAGAGAACUCAGGGAGCAGCAAGAACGACACCUGGAGCAGAGAGAUGAGCCUCAAGAACCCACCAAUAAGGUUCCAGAACAGCAGAGGCAGAUCACAUUGAAAACUACUCCAGCUUCUGGUGAAAGAGGAAUUGCCAGCACAUCUGAUCCACCAACAGCCAAUAUCAAGCCAACUCCUGUUGUUUCUACGCCAAGUAAAGUGACAGCUGCAGCUAUGGCUGGGAAUAAAUCAACUCCCAGGGCUAGUAUCCGCCCAAUGGUUACACCUGCAACUGUCACAAAUCCUACUACUACCCCAACAGCCACAGUGAUGCCUACUACCCAGGUGGAAUCACAGGAAGCUAUGCAGUCAGAAGGGCCUGUGGAACAUGUUCCAGUCUUUGGGAGCACAAGUGGAUCUGUUCGUUCUACUAGUCCAAACAUUCAGCCCUCCAUUUCUCAGCCCAUUUUAACUGUGCAGCAGCAGACACAGGCCACAGCUUUUGUGCAACCCACUCAGCAGAGUCAUCCUCAGAUUGAACCUGCAAAUCAAGAGGUAGCCCCAAGCAUAGUGGAAGUGGUUCAGAGUUCACCCGUGGAGCGGCCUUCUACUUCCACAGCAGUUUUUGGCACUGUUUCAGCCACCCCAAGUUCCUCUUUGCCAAAGCGCACCCGUGAAGAGGAGGAGGAUAGCACCAUGGAUACCUCAGACCAAGUGUCCGAUGAGACAGUGGAAAUGCCACUGCCAAAGAAGCUGAAGAGUGUCACACCUGUCGGAACUGAGGAGGAAGUUACAGCAGAAGAAAGUACUGACGGAGAGGUGGAGACUCAAGCAUACAAUCAGGAUUCUCAAGAUUCCAUUGGAGAAGGAGUUACCCAGGGAGAUUAUACACCUAUGGAAGAUAGUGAAGAAAAUUCUCAGUCUCUACAAAUAGAUCUUGGGCCACUCCAAUCAGAUCAGCAGACUACUUCAUCCCAGGAUGGUCAAGGAAAAGGAGAUGAUGUCAUUGUAAUUGACAGUGAUGAUGAAGAAGAUGAUGAUGAUGAAAAUGAUGGAGAACAUGAGGAUUAUGAGGAAGAUGAAGAAGAUGACGAUGAUGAUGAAGACGACACAGGGAUGGGUGAUGAGGGUGAAGAUAGUAAUGAAGGAACUGGUAGUGCAGAUGGUAAUGAUGGAUAUGAAGCUGAUGAUGCUGAGGGUGGUGAUGGGACCGACCCAGGUACAGAAACAGAAGAAAGUAUGGGUGGAGGUGAAAGUAAUCAGAGAGCUGCUGAUUCUCAAAACAGUGGUGAAGGAGAUGCACGUGCAGCAGAGUCAUCUACUCAGGAAGGUUCUCGAGAGCAGCAGCCCACGCCAGCAGCUGAGAGACAGAGCCCUCGAGCACCACAGUCACCCCGGCGCCCGCCACACCCACUUCCCCCUCGGCUGACCAUUCAUGCUCCACCUCAAGAAUUGGGACCACCAGUUCAGAGAAUUCAGAUGACCCGGAGGCAAUCUGUAGGACGUGGACUUCAGUUGACUCCAGGAAUUGGGGGCAUGCAACAGCAUUUCUUUGAUGAUGAAGACAGAACAGUUCCAAGUACGCCAACUCUUGUGGUUCCUCAUCGUACUGAUGGAUUUGCUGAAGCUAUUCAUUCCCCACAGGUUGCUGGUGUUCCUAGAUUCCGGUUUGGGCCACCUGAAGAUAUGCCACAAACAAGUUCCAGUCACUCUGAUCUUGGUCAGCUUGCUUCUCAAGGAGGCUUAGGAAUGUAUGAAACGCCCCUUUUCCUAGCUCAUGAAGAAGAGUCUGGUGGACGAAGCGUUCCCACUACUCCUCUACAAGUAGCGGCCCCAGUAACUGUCUUCACUGAAAGUGCCACCUCUGAUGCUGCAGAGCAUGCCUCUCAGUCUGUUCCCAUGGUGACAACAUCAACUAGCACAUUGUCCACAACAAAUGAAACGGCAACGGGUGAUGAUGGAGACGAAGUGUUUGUGGAGGCGGAAUCUGAAGGCAUUAGCUCAGAAGCUGGCCUGGAAGUGGACAGCCAGCAGGAAGAAGAGCCUGCUCCGGCCUCUGACGAGUCGGACCUCCCUUCCACCAGCCAGGACCCUCCCUCCAGCUCUUCUGUAGAUACUAGCAGUAAUCAACCAAAGCCUUUUAGACGAGUAAGACUUCAAACAACAUUGAGACAGGGUGUCCGUGGUCGUCAGUUCAACAGACAGAGGGGUAUAAGCCAUGCAAUGGGAGGAAGAGGGGGAAUCAAUAGAGGAAAUAUCAAUUAAGUGGUCUGUAAACUUGCCACACCUGUGAAUACAAUCGCAAUCUGUUUUAGUGUAACGACUAUCAAGUUGAAGACAUUUUUGUAUUUAAAUAGGCAUGCUUAUCUCAACAUUCUUUAUUAAUAAAACGUAUUUCUGUGUCAAAA